GGUCCCCGCCGCGGGCCCCCCCGGGCCCCCCCCGCGCUGCAGCCGCGCUGGAAGCGGGUGGUGGGCUGGGCUGGGCCCGUGCCCCGGCCCCGGCACGGGCACCGCGCCGUGGCCAUCAAGGAGCUCAUCGUGGUCUUUGGAGGGGGCAACGAGGGCAUCGUGGACGAGCUGCACGUCUACAACACAGCCACCAACCAGUGGUUCAUCCCGGCCGUGCGGGGGGACAUCCCCCCGGGCUGUGCCGCCUACGGCUUCGUGUGUGACGGCACGCGGCUGCUGGUGUUCGGGGGCAUGGUGGAGUACGGCAAGUACAGCAACGACCUCUACGAGCUGCAGGCCUCCAGGUGGGAGUGGAAGCGGCUGAAGGCGAAGACCCCCAAAAAUGGGCCCCCCCCUUGUCCCCGGCUGGGCCACAGCUUCUCCCUGGUGGGCAACAAGUGUUACCUGUUCGGGGGGCUGGCCAACGACAGCGAGGACCCCAAAAACAACAUCCCCAGGUACCUGAACGACCUGUACGUGCUGGAGCUGCGCCCGGGCUCGGGGGUGCUGGCCUGGGACAUCCCCAUCACUUACGGGGUGCUGCCCCCUCCCCGGGAGUCCCACACGGCCGUGGUGUACACGGAGCGCGACGGGCGGCGCUCGCGCCUCGUCAUCUACGGGGGCAUGAGCGGCUGCAGGCUGGGGGACCUGUGGACUUUAGAUAUUGAGACGCUGACCUGGAACAAGCCAAGCCUGAGCGGGGUCGCUCCCCUGCCCCGCAGCCUCCACUCGGCCACCACCAUCGGCAACAAGAUGUACGUUUUUGGGGGGUGGGUGCCCCUGGUGAUGGAUGACGUGAAGGUGGCGACGCACGAGAAGGAGUGGAAGUGCACCAACACCCUGGCCUGCCUGAACCUGGACUCGAUGGCGUGGGAGCCGCUGGUGCUGGAGACGCUGGAGGACAACGUGCCGCGGGCGCGCGCCGGGCACUGCGCCGUGGCCAUCGCCACCCGCCUGUACAUCUGGAGCGGCCGCGACGGCUACCGCAAGGCCUGGAACAACCAGGUGUGCUGCAAGGACCUGUGGUACCUGGAGACAGAGCGCCCGCCGGCGCCGGGCCGCGUGCAGCUGGUGCGCGCCAACACCACGUCGCUGGAGGUGAGCUGGGGCGCGGUGCCCACGGCCGACUCGUACCUGCUGCAGCUGCAGAAGUACGAGCUGCCCGCCGCGCCCGCGCCGCCGCCCGUGCCCUCGGUGCCCGCCAACCCCCCCAAGAGCCCCGCGCCCGCCGCGCCCGUGCUGCCCGCGGCCGGGGGGGCAACGGCGGCGGCGGCGAGCGGAGCGGCCACGGCGGGGAGGGCACCUGGUGUCCCGGCGGUGCUGAAGGUGACCGGUCCCCCUGCGGCCACCGCGGGGCCCCCGUUGGUGACAGUGCGCUCGGCCGGGCCCGGCAAGGCCCCGGUGACGGUGACAUCGCUGCCCGCCGGCGUCAGGAUGGUGGUGCCCACCCAGAGCCCCCAGGGCACGGUGAUCGGCAGCAGCCCCCAGAUGAGCGGCAUGGCCGCCCUGGCCGCAGCGGCCGCGGCCACCCAGAAGAUCCCCCCGGCCUCGGCGCCCACCGUGCUCAGCGUCCCCGCCGGGGCCACCAUCGUCAAGACGGUGGCCGUGACCCCCGGGGCCACCACCCUGCCCGCCACCGUCAAGGUGGCCUCGUCACCUGUCAUGGUGAGCAACCCCGCCACGCGCAUGCUGAAGACGGCGGCGGCCCAGGUGGGCACGCGGGGGGCGUCACCCGCGGCCACCAACGCGGCCACCCGGCCCAUCAUCACCGUGCACAAGUCGGGGACGGUGACGGUGGCCCAGCAGGCCCAGGUGGUCACCACCGUGGUCGGAGGGGUCACCAAGACCAUCACGCUGGUCAAGAGCCCCAUCUCCGUGCCGGGGGGCAGCGCCCUGAUCUCCAACUUGGGCAAGGUGAUGUCGGUGGUGCAGACGAAACCUGUGCAGAGCUCGGCUGUCACCGGGCAGGCCUCGAGCGGCCCCGUCACCCAGAUCAUACAGACCAAGGGCCCCCUGCCCGCGGGGACCAUCCUGAAGCUGGUGACGUCGGGGGAGGGGAAGCCCACCACCAUCCUGACCAGCACGCAGGCGGGGGCGGGGGCGGCCAAGCCCCCCACCAUCCUGGGCAUCAGCAGCGUGUCCCCCAGCACCACCAAGCCCGGCACCACCACCAUCAUCAAAACCAUCCCCAUGUCGGCCAUCAUCACCCAGUCGGGGGCUACCGGUGUCACCAGCAGCCCCGGGAUCAAGUCGCCCAUCACCAUCAUCACCACCAAGGUGAUGACCUCGGGCACCGGCACCCCCGCCAAGAUCAUCACGGCCGUCCCCAAGCUGGGCGGGGGGCACGGCCAGCAGGGCGUGACACAGGUGGUGCUGAAGGGAGCCCCGGGCCAGCCGGGGACCAUCCUGAGGACGGUGCCCAUGGGGGGCGUCCGGCUGGUCACCCCCGUCACCGUCUCGGCCGUCAAGCCCACGGUGACCACGCUGGUGGUCAAGGGCACCACCGGUGUGACCACGCUGGGGACGGUGACAGGGACAGUGUCCACCAGCCUGGCCGGAGGGGCAGGUGGCCACAGCGCCACGGCCUCGCUGGCCACCCCCAUCACCACGCUGGGGACAAUCGCCACCCUGUCCAGCCAGGUGCUGAACCCUGCGGCCAUCACGGCCACCGCGGCCGGGGGCGGCCUGGGGACACCGACCAUCACCAUGCAGCCGGUGUCCCAGCCCACGCAGGUGACGCUCAUCACCACGCCCAGCGGCGUCGAGGCCCAGCCCGUCCACGACCUCCCCGUGUCCAUCCUGGCGUCGCCGACGGCCGAAGGUCCCCCCGCGGCCACCUCGGGGGGCGGCGGCCUGGCCGAGCCCCCCCCGGCCGAGGCCACCCCGGGCACCGUCACCCUGGUGUGCUCCAACCCGCCCUGCGAGACCCACGAGACGGGGACCACCAACACGGCCACCACCAGCCUGGUGGCCAACGUGGGCACGGGGACGGGGGGCACACUGCAGCUGCAGCUCUGCGAGGACGCGGGCGGGGGGACGGCGGCGGUGGUGGCGGCGCCACCCCGGGCCUGCUCCAACCCCCCCUGCGAGACCCACGAGACCGGGACCACCAACACCCCCACGGCGGCGGGGACGGUGGGGACAGGGUCACAGCUCUGUUCCAACCCUCCCUGUGAAACCCACGAGACGGGGACAACCAACACGGUGACAACGACAGGGACACGGCUGUGCUCCAAUCCUCCCUGCGAGACCCACGAGACGGGGACAACCAACACGGUGACAAUAACAGGGUCACAGCUCUGCUCCAAUCCUCCUUGUGAGACCCACGAAACUGGGACAACCAACACGGUGACGGUGACAGGGACACGACUGUGCUCCAAUCCUCCUUGUGAGACCCACGAGACGGGGACAACCAACACGGUGACAACGACAGCACCGAGGCCACCCUGCUCUAAUCCUCCCUGCGAGACCCACGAGACGGGGACAACCAACACGGUGACGGUGACAGGGACACGGCUGUGCUCCAACCCUCCCUGUGAAACCCACGAGACGGGGACAACCAACACGGUGACAACGACAGCACCGAGGCCACCCUGCUCUAAUCCUCCCUGUGAAACCCACGAGACGGGGACAACCAACACGGUGACAACACGGGGGUCACGGCUCUGCUCCAACCCCCCGUGUGAGACCCACGAGACGGGGACAACCAGCACGGCCACCACCACCACGGCCACCUCGCGCCCCCCGCCCGAGUCAGGGACAGCGGCGGUGCCACCGCCUCGAGGUGUCCCCCCCUCCAACCCCCCCUGCGAGACCCACGAGACGGGGACGACCAACACGGUGACAAUGACAUCGUCGCAGCUCUGCUCCAACCCUCCCUGUGAAACCCACGAGACCGGGACCACCAACACGGCCACCACGGCCACCGCGGGCUCCCGGCCGGGUGACACCACCACGGCCACCAGCGCUGCCACCACGGCCACCACCUCCAGCACGGGGGGGGUCCCCGCCUUGUGCCAGCCCCCCCUGCGAGACCCCCGAGAGCGGGACCACCAGCACGGCCACCACCAGAGCGGGCUCCUCGCCCUGCCAGAGCCACCAGAGCGGUGCCACCAGCACGGCCACCACCGAGGGGGUGACGCCGCCCCCGCCCUGUGCCACCGCCGCUGCCACCAGCCCCCCCCCGCGCCUGCUCCAACCCCCCCCUGCGAGACCCACGAGACGGGGACGACGGCCACGGCCACCACGGUCACCGCCAGCAUGGGCGCCAGCCAAGAGCCCCCGCCGCCGGCUGCCAACGGGCAGGGGGAGGGGGGAGACCCCCCCCAGCGAGGCCGGGGGUCCCCCCGUGCCCCCCCCCGGGACCCCCAGCCCCGGCCCCAGCGGUGGCACCGGGACCCCCCAGCCCCGGGCGGUCACCACGGUCACUCAGUCCACGCCAGCGCCGGGGCCGGGCCGUGCCGCACCACCACCGCCACCACCACCACCACGCCCAGCCCUCCUGGAGACCCCCACCCAUCCCAGGACCCCUCCUCAGCCUCGGCCACGUCCCCGUCGCCCCCCGGGCCCGAGGCGGCGCCCGCUGCCCAGGCCGGCUCGGAGCCCGGGGGCUCCCCGGAGCCGCUGGCCGUGGUGGUGCUGCCCCCGAGCGCGGCCGAGGGCGGCCCGGCCGAGGGGCUGGCGCUGCCCCCCCGAGCUGCUGGCCGAGGCGGGGGGGGCGCGGGGGGACCCCCCGGGCUGACCCCCGAGGAGCUGGCGGUCACCGCGGCGGCCGAGGCGGCGGCGGCGGCGGCUGCGGCCAGCGAGGAGGCGCAGGCCCAGGCCCUGGCCAUCCAGGCCGUGCUGCAGGCGGCGCAGCAGGCCGCCCAGGCCCUGGCCAUCCAGGCCGUGCUGCAGGCGGCGCAGCAGGCCGUCAUGGGCACCUCGGAGCCGCUGGAGCCCGGCGAGCCCGGGGGGGGCCCCUCGGAGCUGGGGGGCGCCCUGGGGGUCCCGGAGGCCGCGGGGGGCGCGGGGGGGGCGCUGCCCCUGGUGCUGACCCAGCAGGACCUGGCGGCGCUGGUGCAGCACCAGCAGCACCUGGCCGAGGCGGCCGCGCCCCCCUCCCCAUUUGCCCACCGAGGCCUUGGCCCCCGCCGACAGCCUCAACGACCCCGCGGGCGACGCCAACGGCCUGGGGGGAGCUGGGCACAGGUGCCCGGGGGGGGGCGCCCCCCCGCCGCCCUGCUGCCCCCCCCCGGCGACGGCCUGGCCCCCUCGAGCGCCUUCGUGGCCCCCCCAGGCCCCACGGUUGCCCCCAGCCCCGCCAAGCUGCAGGCGGCCGCCGCCCUGGCCGAGGUGGCCAACGGCAUCGAGAGCACCCCCGUGAAGCCGGAGCCGGGGGCGCCGCCCAAGGCGCUGCCCAAGAAGGAGAACCAGUGGUUCGACGUGGGCGUCAUCAAGGGCACCACCAUGAUGGUCACCCACUACUUCCUGCCCCCCGACGACGCGCCCCCAGCCGACGACGACGCCUCGGGGGUCCCGGACCACUCGCAGCUGCGCCGCCAGGAGCUGCAGCCGGGCACGGCGUACAAGUUCCGCGUGGCCGGGCUCAACGCCUGCGGCCGCGGGCCCUUCUCGGAGCUGUCGGCCUUCAAAACCUGCCUGCCCGGCUUCCCCGGGGCGCCCUGCGCCAUCAGAUCAGCAAGCCCCGACGGGGCGCACCUGACGUGGGAGCCGCCGUCGGUGACGUCGGGGCGCAUCGCCGAGUACUCGGUGUACCUGGCCAUCCAGGGGGGGCCCGGGGGGGGCCCGAGGCGCGCGGGUGGGGGCGCCCAGCUGGCCUUCAUGAGGGUCUACUGCGGGCCCAGCCCCUCGUGCCUGGUGCAGGCCUCCAGCCUGGCCAGCGCCCACAUCGACCACACCACCAAGCCGGCCAUCAUCUUCCGCAUCGCCGCCCGCAACGACAAGGGCUACGGGCCCGCCACCCAGGUGCGGUGGCUGCAAGAGUCGAGCAAGGACGGAGCCGCCGGGAAACCGGGCAGCAAACGGCCCCUGGCGUCCCCUGACCUGAAAUCCGCUCCAAAGAAGCCCAAGGCCGAAGGGCAGUGAAGGACCCCCGGGACCCCCCCCCCCAAAAAAAAACCCACAAAAACCAACAAAAACAAAAACAAAAAAAAAAAAACGGGGACCCCUCCCCAUUUUAACACCCCCCAAAAAACGUCCCCAAUGGGGGGGGAUUUUUUUGGGGGGGGGGGU